CCUGCGGCCAGAGAUGGGGAGCACAUCCAGCAGCAGCAUCACGUCCCCGAGGCACGGGGUGAGUCUGGAAGGAAACCUUCAAACCUUUAAGGCCGAACAGGUGCACUGGAAACGAAACGGGAUGAGGAGUUCAAACUGUUGGUUUACGCCGGACCCGACCGCUUAAACCAGUCGGUAAAACUCGUUUUUUUGCGCUUAAAAAAAAAUCCAUUCUCCAUUAUCGCUGCUGAUACAAAGGCGCUUUUAGGAGAAGCGGCACCUGGGAUUAAAAUCAUAGAAACGAACAAGAACGAACGGGACCGCUUUGUUUAGAAAAAAGAAAAAGCUGGAGUGACAAGUAAGUGAACGGAGCAGGAUUAAAAGACUUUCUUUUUUUAUUUUUUAUUUUAUUUUUUUCUGCCCUUCUCAGGGACCCCUCUCUUGUCACCCUGCGAAUACAUCAUUCAUUGUGUCGAAUGCUGAUUUUUGUUCAUGUCAUUUAACAAAAAAACAAAAACACAGUUAGGGAAUAAUGCUCAAGAAACAUGAGCUUCAGCUUUUUAUCCCAUUUUCUCUUUCUGUCUGAGUGAGACGCAGGUUUGUGUUCAGAAUGGGAUUGCUGCGACAAAUGUGGGCAAUUAGGCUCCGUGUUUGUCCGCUGCUUUCCUAAAAGCCUGCAACAAACAGCCUCCAGGUUUUAACUGGACCUGGCCAUUGUUGUCUGUAAAGACACAGUGGCGUACUGGACUCAGAAGGUCUAAGGGUGGCACCACACCAGCACCCCCCCUCCUUCCUUGCGUCUGAACCAAGGUUGGUGGCAGAAAACAAUUUAAGCACAAUAUGGUGGAGCCGGUGGGAUUCAUAGAGGCUUGGAAAGCACAGUUCCCCGAAUCGGAUCCCCCCAAGAUGGAGCUGCGGUCCGUGGUGGGCAUCGAGCAAGAGCUGGAGAAGUGCAAGGCAUCGAUUAGACGCCUGGAGCAGGAGGUGAACAAGGAGCGCUUCCGCAUGAUCUACCUGCAGACCCUCCUGGCCAAAGAAAGGAAGAGCUACGACAAGCAGCGGUGGGGCUUCAGGAAAACGCCGCUCAACGAGGGGGUCGAUCCUGCGUCUGUGCAGGGCGCAGAGUCCCAGUCCCAGCAACCCCACAUGCAAGAGACUGGUGUGGUUGGAGUAGCUGGAGGAUAUGUCAGCGCAGGGGUUGGGGACAGGACUCGUUUUCAGCCGCUCGGAGAUGCAGCCGGCAGGUCCAAACCGAGACCGCCACCGGCCAGGAAGUCCGCCUCCCACGGAGAUGGCCUGGAGUCGGCCUUCGACGCGCCGCAGCAAGCCGAAUCGACUUCCUGCGACAACCUCGACGGCCUCUCCCCUUCGAAGCAGAGAGGCGGCAUGUCCUUGUCGCCCCGUAGACCCGCCCUCUCCCCACCAGAAAAGGAGCUGCCUUCUGACCCCAAAGACAAGCUGGGGAUGGGACUUGGCGUGGCAGCUCUCAGAUCCAACUUUGAGAGGAUUAAAAGGGCCAACUCUCACUCUGCCGGUGAGGCAGCUAAGGGACAUGACAGGCAGCUGCCCCCACCGCCACCGCCAUUCUACACCAACAUGGAGUUCCAUCACGAGAGGGGUUUGGUUCGAGUCAACGAUCGGGACGUGUCCGACAAGAUCAGCUCCCUGGGCACUCAGGCCAUGCAGAUGGAGCGAAAGAGAUCUCUCCACUCCCUGCCUGGCAAUCUGGCAACGGUGGCAGGUGAGCUCCGUGCCAGGCCUGUGUACAGAGGACGGUCUACUGAAAGCACCUGUGGCUACGACGCAGAGUAUGAAGAUGGCGAGCCCAACCAGCGGCACUCAGGGAGGGCCAAUGGCAGCAAACCCCCACCCCCUCCGUGGCAACCCUCAGAGUUCCAGGCCUACUCCAGCGUCUACGUUGGCGGGGUUAUGAUGGGCGAAGGCGGAAGCGGGGACGGCAGAGGAAGCGGUAGCGGGGUCACGAUGAGGGAACACGGYGGAGGCGACGACCACCUCCUGACCUGGCCCCGCCGCUCCUACUCCCCGGGUAGCUUCGAGGACGCCGGCGGAGGGGGCGGCGGCUACACGCCCGACUGCAGCUCCAACGAGAACCUGACGUCCAGCGAGGAGGACUUCUCCUCGGGCCAGUCCAGCCACGUCUCCCCGAGCCCGACGACCGCCUUCCGUCGGCCGUUCAGAGAGAAGAGCCGCUCCCCGUCCCAGAACUCCCAGAACUCUCAGCACUCCUACGACAGCAGCAGCCCGCCAACGCCGCAGUCCCAGAAGCGUCACCACAGGCAGCAGGGAGGCCAUGUGGUCAUGUCUGAGGCUACUAUCGUGAGUGUUCGCAAGACUGGUCAAAUCUGGCCGCCUGCUGCCCAUCAUGACCUCAUGCCCCAUGGUAGAACAUCACAUGACAACACUUUCCAUGGAGACCACCUAGAUGGGCAUUUCACUGGGACCCCUCCAUCCUAUGGUUACGAUGCAGACCGGGCAGAGGAACAGCGGCGGCACCACGACAUCCUGCCAUACAUCGAUGACUCGCCAUCCUCCUCGCCGCACCUCAGCUCCAAGAGCCGGAGCAGCCGAGACACUCUGUCCUCCGGAUCUCUGGAGUCCUCCAAGUCGACUGAAUGUGACUUGGAAAAAGGUUUAGAGACAAGGAAGUGGGUCCUGUCUGGGAUCUUGGCUACAGAAGAAUCAUAUCUCAGCCACCUAGAGGCUCUGCUGCUGCCCAUGAAACCUCUGAAGGCGGCCGCCACCACAUCACAGCCCGUGCUCACUGUGGCCCAGAUAGAAACCAUCUUUUUCAAAGUGCCUGAGCUCUACGAGAUCCAUAAAGAGUUCUACGACGGGCUUUUGCCCCGCGUCCAGCAGUGGAGCCACCACCAGAGAGUCGGAGACCUUUUCCAGAGAUUGGCUAGCCAGCUGGGAGUUUAUCGGGCCUUCCUGGACAACUACGAGCUGGCUGUGGAGACGGCGGAAAAGUGCUGCCAGGCCAACGCGCAGUUCUCUGAAAUCUCUGAGAACCUGAAGGUGAGAAGCCCAAAGGAUUGUAAGGAGACUACCAAGAACUCUCUAGAGGCUUUGCUUUAUAAACCAGUGGACCGGGUGACCCGCAGCACACUGGUGUUACAUGAUUUGCUCAAACACACACCCACCAGUCACCCGGACCACCCGCUCCUGCAGGACGCCUUGCGGAUCUCUCAGAACUUUCUGUCCAGCAUCAACGAGGAGACGUCAAGGCGCCAGUCCACGGGUGUCAAAAAAGGAGAGAACCGCCAGCUGCUGAAGGACAGUUUCAUGGUGGAGCUGGUGGAGGGAGCCAGGAAGCUGCGGCACGUCUUCCUCUUCACGGACCUGCUGCUCUGCGCCAAGCUGAAGAAACAAAUYGGAGGUAAAAAYCAACAGUACGACUGCAAGUGGUACAUCCCUCUGACCGAGCUGACCUUCCAGGGCCUCGAGGACACCGAGCCUCUCACGGUCCCCCAAGUCCCGGACGAAGAACUGGACGCCAUCAAGGUCAAGAUCUCCCACCUGCGCAGUGAGAUUCAGAGGGAGAAGAGAGCCAACAAGGGUUUAAAAGUCAUCGACCGCCUCCGGAAGAARCUGUACGAGCAGGAGUCCUUGCUGCUGCUGACGUCUCCGAGCAUGCCCCUCAGACUCUACAACAGGAACGGCAAGAGUUACAGCUUCCUGAUUUCAUCUGAUUAUGAACGAGCUGAGUGGAAGGAGAUCAUCAAGGAGCAGCAGAAGAAAUGUAUUAAAACACCCUCCCUUACUUCCAUGGAGCUGCAGAUGUUAACCAGCUCUUGUCUCAAACUUCAAACCGUUCACCACAUUCCACUUAGUAUCAAUAAAGAAGAGGAUGAAUCCUCCGGUCUCUACGGGUCCCUGAAUGUAAUUGUCCACUCUGCCUCCGGCCUCAAACAGAGCUUAAAUCUCUAUUGCACAUUGGAGGUGGACUCCUUCGGCCUGUUCUCGAACAAAGCUAAGACGCGAGUGUAUCGCUACACCACUGAACCCAAGUGGAAUGAGGAGUUUGAGAUCGAGCUGGAGGGCUCUCAGACCCUGCGGCUGCUCUGCUACGAGAAGAGUUACAACAAGACCAAGCAGAACAAAGAAGACGGAGAGAGCGCGGACCGCAUCAUUGGGAAAGGACAGAUACCGCUUGACCCUCAGACUCUUCAAGGCAAAGACUGGCAGAGAACAGUUAUUCCCAUGAAUGGGGUCGAAGUGAAACUUUCCAUUAAGUUCACCAGCAGAGAGUUCAGCCUGAAGAGGAUGCCCUCAGAGAAACCCAUGGGUGUGUUUGGAAUAAAGAUCUCCACAGUGACCAAGCGAGAACGCUCUAAGGUGCCCUACAUCGUCCGUCAGUGCCUGGAGGAGAUCGAGAGGCGAGGCAUGGAGGAAGUGGGAAUAUACCGCGUGUCAGGGGUGGCCACUGAUAUUCAGGCCCUGAAGACCGCCUUUGAUACCAAUCACAAAGACGUGUCGGUGAUGAUGAGCGAGAUGGACGUCAACGCCAUCGCCGGCACCCUGAAGCUGUACUUCAGAGAGCUGCCAGAGCCCCUCUUCACUGACGAGCUCUACCCGAAUUUUGCAGGAGGCAUCACCCUCACUGACAGUGUUGCCAAAGAGAGCUGUAUGUUGAACUUGCUGCUGUCGCUGCCAGAACCCAACCUGGUCACGUUCCUUUUCCUUUUGGAUCACCUAAAGAGGGUGGCAGAAAAGGAGAGUGUCAACAAGAUGUCUCUCCACAAUCUGGCGACGGUUUUCGGGCCCACUUUGCUGAGACCGGCCGAGAAGGACAGCAAGAUCCCUACGAACCCCACACAACCCAUCAGCAUGGGGGACAGCUGGUCCUUGGAGGUUAUGGCGCAAGUCCAGGUGUUGCUGUAUUUCCUGCAGCUGGAGACGAUCCCCACGCCGGACAGUAAACGACAGAGCAUCCUCUUCUCCACUGAAGUAUAGAGCGGACUCUCAGGCUGUCCGACCAACAGGGUGAACAAAGGGGGGGACGGACCCUGGCUCAAAGUGAGCCCACUGUAGUUUGUUUUUGAAUUGACUUGGCWGGAUCGUCGCCGGCGGCUCCCGCUGUGCUUGAACACAAGAGGGCGCCACUCGUCUCUGAAGCCCAGAGGACUGGAAGUCGUUGCCAUUCAUGUCUCUCAUCAUGACCUGAUGAUUCCUCGUACCUGCAGUGUUCGGACAGGUACAUCUGCUUUUUGUUCAUCUCAUUGCUGAACGUUUACAUCUGCGGUUCAUAAAUGACGUUGAAAUUYAAGUUGUCUACAUUUGGGUUUUCGAGUUAGUCUUUUAUUUUGGACAAUCAUUAGCAAAAUGUGUCAUUCCRUCUCCAACUCGACUUUAUGCCCCGACCAGAGGACGGACAAGAAGAGGUCACAGCUGCCACCGUUUUGGCUUCCUCUCCCGUUUUUUAUUUCUGUGUUUUUCUAAAAGCACAGGAAGCCAGCACCUGCGAUAGUGUUUACAACGUAAACAAAUCCAGUUGGUGUUACAAGCUAUGACUUGAAGUUCAGAAAUUAUAUAAACCCAAUUCUCUUUUUUUAUUUGUGUCUUAAGGUAGUUUUCAGCUCAAAUAUCCAGAAGCAAUAUAUUUUCUAACACAGGAACUGUUUGUGCUCAAAUGUUUGUCGAUGAAAUGUCCGUCUUGUUGUAACGUAGGACAUCUUGCCAAACAGGUUUUUGUUUGUUUGUUUGUAGGAAAAAUAGGAGGCAGUUCCAUUUAAAGAUAYAGCAGGUGUACAUAAUCUUAAAGUUGUAUUUUUGUUUUAUUUAAGGAUAUAUUCAUUGUUGCUGUCAAUGUAAUUUAUUUUGGUGGGUUGGGA